UGGGUUUUUAAAUUCUCUUACUAAACAUGCAUCUAAAAAGCAUAUCAGUGAUAGUGUUGUUUUUGGCUCUAGCAAAUGCUGAGCCAGCUCGCUUUGAUAACUACAGAGUGUACACAAUUUCUAUUCAGGACGACAGUCAGUUGGAUGCACUGAAAAAUCUACAAACUGGACCACAGCAGUAUGAAUUUAUUGAUGAACCACGAAAAUCAGGCCAAGAAAUUGAUUUAAUUGUCCCGCCCCAAUUGCAAGAUGACUUUGAAGAUCUUGUAACGCAAAAAAGCUUGAAAGUUGAAUUGUCAAUUCCCAAUUUGCAAAAUCUUAUUGAUCGUGAGAGUCCAAGGAAGUUUGCAUCGAGAGCUGCUGAGGACUUUGGAUGGGAUGAUUACUACCCUGUUGAUACUAUUUAUGAAUGGCUCUACCACUUGGAGUCCCUGUACGACGAAGUUACUGUGAUUAAGGCUGGUGAUUCCUUUGAAGGACGAGAAAUUCUAGGUGUGAACAUCAACAGACGUCCUGGAGUUAAUCCUGGAAUUUUCAUUGAGUCAAAUAUUCAUGCCCGUGAGUGGAUUACAUCUGCCUCAACAACAUGGAUCAUCAACAAAUUGCUAACUGCAACUGAUGCUGAGCCUGAAAUUAGGGAUCUGGCUGACAAUAUAAACUGGUACAUUUUCCCCGUGAUUAAUGUUGAUGGCUACCAGUACAGCAGAGAGCACUACAGGCUCUGGCGAAAGACUCGAUCAGAUCAAGGCCUCAUCUGUGUUGGUGUCGAUCCCAACCGGAAUUGGGCAUCAUUUUGGGAAAAAGGUGGAAUUGGUUCAUCUGGGAAUAUGUGUGAUAUUACUUUUGCCGGUCCUGAGGUAUUUUCAGAAAUUGAAACGCGCUCAGUCUCUGAAUAUGUCCUGAGUAUCCGAGAUAAUUUGAACAUUUACCUUGCCUUCCACUCUGCUGCUCAAAUGAUCCUAAUGCCAUGGGGUCAUACUACAGACCUUAUCCCAGAACACACCGAGCAUCUGAGUUUGUGUGAAGCUGCUGUUAAUGCUCUAACUGCACGUCAUGGUACACCAUAUACGUAUGGACCAACAUAUACAACAAUCUACCCAACAACUGGAACAUCAUCAGACUGGGCUUACUAUGCUCUGGGUAUUCCUGGUUUUACAUAUGAAUUCCGUGGAACAAAUACCGCAACUGGAGAGAGAUAUUCAUUUGUUGCACCUCCUGAUCAAAUUCAGCCCAAUUCUGAAGAGUAUAAAAGAGGUGCUGCUUAUCAAAAACUUGGUUCAGUUUGUGUGGAGGAAAAGUGGGAAAACAUGGGAAAAGUCAGUGUUUUACUUUCUUUAGUGCUAUGCUUUGCAGCUCUUACGAGCUGUGAGAAAGCUCGUUUUGACAACUACAAAGUUUACACGGUGGAUGUUAAAAAUGAGGAACAAGUUGAAGUGCUGCAAGUUAUGGAAAAAAAUCAUUCAUAUGAUUUUUGGAGUGGUCUCACAAAGGUUGGAGGGCAGGUUGAUAUAAUGGUGCCACCACAUAAAUCUGCUGAAUUUGAAGAAAUCAUUUCAACGUACAAUUUUGAAAUGAAACUCAAAGUUGAGAAUGUUCAAGAGCUUAUUGACAACGAACAACCCAAAUUUUCACCAAGAGCCGAUUUCGAUUGGAUUAGCUACCAUACAUUGGAUGAAAUUUAUGCGUGGUUGGAUCAAAUGCUUGAGCAAUACAGCAAUGUCCUUACACCCAUUAGUGCUGGAAAUAGUUACGAAGGACGACCAAUUCGAGGAGUUUUGCUUUCAUACAGGGCAGGAAAUCCAGCAGUCUUUAUCGAAUCUAAUACACAUGCUAGAGAAUGGAUUACAUCAGCAACUGCAACAUAUGUUCUCAAUGAAUUCCUCACAUCUACUGAUCCAGAUGUGAGACGUAUUGCUGAAAACUACGACUGGUAUAUUUUCCCCAAUGUAAACCCUGAUGGUUUCCACUUUUCCCAUGAGACCAACCGAAUGUGGCGGAAGACACGUUCCCGGCAAGGUGUUAUUUGCUAUGGAGUUGAUCCUAACAGAAACUGGGGUCAUCAGUGGCAAGAUGGAUCUGGCCCUGGGGCAAGUAAUGAUGUUUGUUCGGAAACCUUUGCUGGGCCACAACCAUUCUCUGAACCAGAAACAAGACAAUUGGCCGAUUUCAUUCAAGCACGUGCUGAUCAUAUUAAGCUCUACUUGUCAUAUCAUUCGUACAGUCAACUUCUUCUCUAUCCAUGGUCUUACACACAAGCUCCAGCUGAUAACUACGAUGAUCUUCAUCAAAUUGGAAUGGUGACUGCUGAUAGAUUAAGGGAGAUCCAUCAAACUGAGUACACCGUACAAAGCUCAUAUGAUCUAUACAUUUCAACGGGAACAAGUGUUGAUUGGGCAUAUGCUGGAGCUGGCAUUAGGAUUGGCUACACCUAUGAAUUCCGUGACACAGGAAGAUAUGGAUUUAUACUUCCUGCUGACCAAAUUAUCCCAAAUGCCGUAGAAGUAUUGCAAUCAAUGAUUGCAAUGUUGGAUGAAUGUGAGAGAUUGGGAUACAUGACUAUGUAGAAGACACCCACAACAAGCAAGACACUAUCUAAUCUCUCCUCCAUAAUUAAUCAAUUGAAAAUAAAAGACAGAUACCUUACAAAAAAUAAGAAGAAUGUUAUCACUGAAACAUUUAUCAGUAAUGUAGAUUUCUUGAUAUUGCAAUAAAUUCUUCACAUUUUGUCAUAUCAUGAGGAACGAUGUAUAUAUUGGAUGAAAUAUAAAAUGGAAAAUUCUUGCUGAAAA